CACGUCUUUUUUCGUAAAUUUCCAUUAAAAUCAAAUAAAAAAAAUGCUUCCUACAGGAAAAAUCCCCCAAAAAACGUGUUUCAAUGUCGGAUUUGUGAGACCUACUACAUUUUAUCCACAGAAUCAUGAGCAAAACGGAAAAUCAUGGGAAACAGUCCCAAAUGUGAUUAUACACGAACACGACAAAAAGAACAAAUCACAAUCACGGAUCGGGAUUUUGUAUCCAAAUUUUCCGGGACGCCCUGAAUUCAGCCAUGAGGAGUAUAUGGCUUAUCGAUGGGCUCGUCAGAACAAAGAAAAUGCCCAUUCACAGAAAUUUGUACAAAAAUAUGAUCGAUUUUGGAAAAAUUCGGUACCCGAGACAGAAGAAAGGGAAGUUCAACAAACCUCAAUGCUUGGUACCUUCAAUGAAAAACCUCGAAUUGAUGCAAAAGAAAGCAAAAUCCAAAUCAACAGGAAUGCUAAAUCCGGUAUCAGAAAAAGUCGCUUUUCAAAGUGCAUCGCCAAAUCCGUCUCCAAAACCAUCGCCAUUUGCGCAAAGAAACAAAACAAUGAAACCAAUAGCAAGUAUCCAACCAAUUAUGCAAACUCGUUCACCGAUCCCAAGCACAAUUAACAGAAGUUCUCCGCUUCGCAUAAAUCCUUUCGCUUUAUCGUUCAAACAACGAAUGGUCGAGAAAACUGAUAUUAAAGAACGCCUUAGAAAUCUUCCAUCAUGCACAUUCAAACACAAUGGAAGAUCUCUUUCGAAAGGCCAAUCGUUGGAUUUUGGCGGCGAACAAUUCUACGUUAUUAAGGCUCUUGCAAAAGGGGGUUAUGGUACAAUUUAUACCGCAAAAGCGAAGUCAACGGGAGAAAUUUACGCCUUAAAACAAGAAAAGCCUCCAAAUUUGUGGGAAUUCUACGUUUGUUUGGAGCUGAAAGAAAGAAUUCAUAACCAACAAAUCCUUCCAGCCUUUACAACAAUUACCCAUGGCUUGCUUACGAAUGAUCACAGUAUUUUGGCAACAAAUUAUGCACCUUACGGCUCCUUAAUCGAAGUAUUUAACAAAGUUCGUGUUGAAACUCAUCGUUGUUGCGAAGAAUUAGUUGUAAUUAGUGUUGCCCAUCAAAUUUUAACAAUUUUUCAAUAUCUUCAUGAAGCUAAGAUCAUCCAUGCCGACGUCAAACCCGAAAAUUUUCUCGUAAUCCGUGACGUUGGACCUCAUCCGUACAUACAACUCAUCGAUUUUGGCGUUUCGAUCGACAUGAAAUUAGUUCAAAACGAAUUUCCGAACUUUGAUGGCUUUCGUGCUGCGUCUAAAAAAGAUUUGAUUAUUGAAAUGCAUGAAAAUCGUCCGUGGAGCUAUCAGAUUGAUUAUUUUGGGAUCGCAGGAACGAUCCAUGUCAUGCUAUUUGGCGAACACAUGAAGAUAAGGAAAGAUAAUAUUUGGAAGCCAAAGGCAGCUAUUAAGCGGUAUAUGAAUCAACGUUUGUGGGAAAAGUUUUUUUGUGAAUUGUUGAAUAUUGUCGGAGAAAAGCCUAAUGUAGAGGAAAUUAUUAAAAUUUUGGAUGGAGAACUGAAAACACCCGAAAACCAUGCAAGAGAUAAAUUUAUCGAGUUUAAUAGAAUUUUGAAGUCAAAAUGAACAAACUUACGAAAAAAUUACAAAAAUUUACAAAAAAAAAGAAUUAAAAAAAUAUCAAAAUUUGGAAAAAAAAAUUUUUUUCUCUUCGUCAUUUG